GAAAUUGUUUAAACGUGUGUUCACUCUUGCCAGUCUCAGCAUCGCUCAGUUUCUGCAGGAGGGUGCAGCUCCAUCCCUCCAGGAUCUCCACUGGCGCCGAUCACCAGAUAUGAUCUGCCCACUUCCCAGUCAACCCAUUUCACCCUGAGCUGGGAUCUCUCUUUUCUUGUGCGUGGAUGAUAACAGCCUACCUUAUAUCCAUGGAUUUCUUAUACCACAACUAAUCUGACUAAAACCCGGGAUUGGUGAAAAAAGAAAAGACACAAAAAGAGGGUAUUCCAAGUGGUUUCCCGUGGUUUUAGAGCGCAUGGAAGCAACACUUCAGCUCGCCUUGGACAUGGGACCGUGCGUCAGCAGAGAAAUAUCCGCUGCCGGAGGAAAAGCAUCUUCCUGAAAGAGGAACAGCCCGUGUGCGGGAGCUUUUCACUUUUUGUUUUUAGCUACCGGGGAGGGGGAGCCGUGAUUUUACGCGCCCGAAUGAUGCGUCCCAGCCGCGGCUUCAUCCUGCUCCUCCUCAACGGAACCGCUUGUUUGGUGGCCCUGGGUCAAGAAGAGGACUCUUCCAGCCCCAAGAGCUCUUCAGAUGAGUCCUCCAAGACGGUGGGCUUACUGAGUGGGCAGGCUUCCCUUUCACCCCUGAGUCGCUGGAUGCUUCACAGUAAGAGCAGAGCUGCUAAUGCCUCCUCUCUGGAACUGCCCUACCGCUCCCCUGUCCCUUUCUCUAAGCAGGAGUUUUCUAAACAGGAGUUCUGGGAGAUGUUGGGCAGCGACCUGCUCAAACCCGAUGCCUCCAGCUCUAGGGUCAAACGGUGGCCCAUCGUUAAGACCGGCAAAUUCAAGAAGAUGUUUGGCUGGGGAGACUUCUAUUCCAAUAUCAAGACGGUGCGGCUUAACCUGCUGAUUACUGGCAAGAUUGUGGAUCAUGGUAAUGGCACAUUCAGCGUCUACUUCCGCCACAACUCCACAGGCCAGGGCAACAUCUCAGUCAGCCUAGUGCCUCCUGUCAAGGCGGUGGAGUUUGACCUGGAGCGCCAAAGCGUGGUCUACCCCAAGGACUCCAAAAUCUUCAACUGCCGCGUGGACUAUGAGAAGGUGGAUCGGAGCAAGCGCACCUCGCUGUGCAACUAUGACCCAUCCAAGACCUGCUUCCAGGAGCAGAUUCAGAGCCAUGUGUCCUGGAUUUGCUCCAAACCUUUCAAGGUCAUCUGUAUCUACAUUUCUUUCUACAGUACGGACUACCGUCUGGUGCAGAAGGUUUGCCCGGACUACAACUACCAUAACGAGAUGCCCUACCUGCCCUCGGGCUAGAAGGCUUGUAGGGGGAGGAGAGGUGGGAGGGGAGAGGAAAAGGGUGGUGAGUAGGACUGACUGCAACACAUGAGGAGGAGGAAACCAGGGCUAUGAAUCGUCCUUAAUGCCACUGUGGCAGCAAGACACCUUAAAAAAAACCCUCUCUGUAGCCUGACUAUUGUAAGAUGUAAAAAUAUAUAUGCAAAACAGAGACUAUAGUAUGCAGAUAAUGAGGCAUUGGGAAUGCUUAAAUGCAGCAUUCAUUAACUGGACUGGUAGUAAUCACACAUUCUUACCUCAAUUCUGUUUCUAAAUGCCAACUUCUCGCCAGCUAUUUCUCUCUUUCAUUAAGUUAUGUGUGAAUGUUGUCUGAAUGUCCUUUUAAUCAGCCUUUACAAUACUGCUCUUUUGCAAAGUCACAAGGUGGUAUUUUCAGUGAAAGUGCACAUUUAAAUGCUGUGAUAUGAUUCACUGGAGAGCUGUACAAAAAUUCACACUUUAUUACAAACACCCGUGUUUAACAUUGCACACAAUAAAGGCUUAAACAAACAUAAAUUAAAACUUAACCAGAGGGAACACAAAGCAUUGUUUUUCCCCUCACAAAAAGCAAAUGAAUGUAAAGAGUAACCACAGGACCGUUCUGGUUACACUUAAGGGCAUCUUUUGUAUGUGAACACAAGCUAAUCCCUGAAUAGUGCUAAUAGCUCCUUACUCUUACUUAGUUUCUCACACCGUGUCCACAUUUUCACAUGUAAUCAUUCCACCGUGGCACUUUUGCAUUCAUUUCGGUGAAAAGGGGGGUAGGGGUGGAAAUAAAAUUUGCAAGAAAAAGCAAUUUCAACAAAGAUUCCGGUUCAGGGCUUAAGACAAGUUCAGCGCAAAGGAAAUAACUAGAUUCUGCAUAGUGAUAGAAUUGGUCCUCCACACUUAAGAGAGAGAGGUGUGGGACUAAGAGAGGGAGAGAUUCAGUGAGCUCUUUUAAUUAAAGUGGGGAAGGAGAGUGUGCAGCUCCUUCUAUUGUCCCUUCAGUAUGAAAAAGAUUACAUUUUGUUGCCGUCAGGAUUCCCGAUUUCACGCCUUGAUAACUUUGACUGUGUGAGAGAGAUUGCUCUCUCCCGACAAAUACUGUGUUCACUAAAGUCAGCCUUUUAUCUUGAAUAAAUGAAAAUAUUAUCAUAAUAAUUACAUAUAAUUUAAUCUCCUGUAGAACUAAUUAAGGUUUCAUCGAGAGGGUGAAAUGUAUUUCUAAAAAUCAAGUCAGUGGUGUAAGAGGAUAAGAGGGCGUUCAUGGGAAUUGUUUUUGUGUGGAGCCAGCAGGCAAAGCUCAGCCCAGAGUUAACUGCUCAUUAAGAAAAAUGGCCACAGGCUGGCCCAUCUCAUGUUGCUCCCACAAACAAUAUCAGCAGAGAACAGCGUACAGUGGAGCAUUGAAUUAGUUAGCCUGACAUUCUGCAUGCGAGAGGUUACCGCUGUCCGGCUGAUGAGGACAGAAUGACUUCUUGGUUUGUUAACGACAAACAGUCACAAGACAGGUGUAAAGAGUCAUUAAACCGCUUCAUAGCAGGGAUCUGUGUGUGUGUGUGUGUGUGUGUGUGUGUGUGUGUGUGCAUACUUGGCUGAAACUGUGCAGCGAUGUCCCAGGUGGACCCAUGCAGCAGUGAACAGUCACCAUGAAGCUGUCUUCCUGCUGGGGGUAGAAAAAAAAAGCCAGACCUACAGUAAAUGGUUGACUGCUUUGUGUGAGCUUGGAGUGCAGGAGCAGGAGGGAAAACACAGUCAUGAGGCAAAAAGACCUAUAAAUCU